AUGAAUUCUUGUCCAGUUGUAGCAAGAGAGGGUCCUGUGCGAAGGGUCGCUAUCUUUGGAGGAACCCACGGCAAUGAGUUGUCUGGGGUAUUCCUGGUCAAGCACUGGCAGGAUGAUGGAACAGAGAUUCAGCGACCGGGGCUGGAGGUACGGCCUUUUAUCACCAAUCCAAGAGCAGUGGAGAAAUGUUGCCGAUAUAUUGACUGCGACCUGAAUCGGGUUUUUGAUCCUAAAAGACUUGGGUAAGCCUAACCUCUGCCUUGUGUGUUUGAGUGUAUAAACGAUUAAACAACAACAAAAUGUGCAUGCAUUUAAGAUUGCAACGCUGCAUCUGCUUACUUGAGAGUAGGUAAAGGUAAAGGUACCCCUGACCGUUAGGUCCAGUCUCUGGGGUUGCGCGUUCAUCUCGCUCUAUAGGCCAAGGGAGCCCACGUUUGUCCACAGACAGCUUCCGGGUCAUGUGGCCAGCAUGACUAAGCCGCUUCUGGUGAACCAGAGCAGUGCACGGAAACACUGUUUACCUUCCUGCUGGAGUAGUACCUAUUUAUCUACUUGCACUUUGACGUGCUUUCGAACUGCUAGGUGGGCAGGAGCUGGGAUCCAGCAAUGGGAGCUCACCCCGCUGCAGGGAUUCGAAAUGCCGACCUUCUGAUCGGCAAGCCCUAGGCUCUGUGGUUUAGACCACAGCACCACUUGAGAGUAAGAUCUACUAAAUUCAGUGUGACUUACUUCUGAGCAGACAUUUAUAGGGUCGCACUGUUCUGUAAUACUUGACCACAGGAGCAGCAGUCAUCUAUGCACAAACAGCUGUAACUCAAAGGGGGAAAAUACAUGCCUACUGCUUAGAGGGGCCCUUCUGGGGUAAGGCAAAUGUUCCUCACGUGUUAUCCAGUCGCAGGGUGAGGUUUCUCUCCCUAUCCCGCUGGAGUCUUCCACAUCCAGAGCAGCAGCACACGUAGAAAUCCUGUUUUCAUAAGUCCACAGGGUUGAAGCGGUUAUGUCUGCAAGAAACAUCCCUGAGGUUGGGUGAGAAGACUCCAAGUGGGCACUCAAGGAUUCUUUGGCUGUGCAUUUCUCAAGCAGUCAUCCUGCCAGAUGAAUAAUGCCUUUUUGAAACUUGAAUUUUCCAAAGCAGUGUGCUACGUGGCAGUUCACAUGUGUGUAUACCUGACAUUCAAAGGAAAACAAUCAUUGCCCACUGCCUUCGAACACUCCUAAAGUCAAUUUGAAAUGAAUCUUAGGCAGCCUUCAUAGAUGUAUCACAUUGAGAUGGUGGAGUAUACCAGCAAGCCAUGUCCCCAAUCUUAGGUACCCAUGCCCCCAAAUCCAUGCAAUCAGAUCAAUGCAUAAAAUGGGCUCCUACUUGUAAGCAGCUGUAUGUUCAUAGGGACAUGCACAUGUUCUCGAACCCUGAUUGCACAAGGUUUCUGUUUAUGUGCAAGCCUGUACAUGCGUAAGAACCCCUUCAGUUGAAAAUGUGGUUGUUGGGGGUAUGCCAGCAUCAAAAGGGGUGGUUUGCCAGCAUGGCUCAACCAACCACCUCCUGCAAGCAUUUAGGGCUUGUGUGAAAGCGAACCAGUGAAAAAAGAAACCUUUGAAUCCCUAGGGUGCAAUCACAUUGCAUAGAUAGGGAACAACCAAAUUAAGAAUGAUGUGCAUUAUUUAGCUUUUUCAUCCUUUUAAAAAUGCUAAUUUCACAGGAAGCUAAACUGCCAGCAUAAAGGUUUAAUGAGAAUCAGUACCAGCAUUGCUGUGCGUGUGUUAAAUUAAAGUGCUGCUAUUCAUCUGAGCUCCCAGUGUCAUUUUUCCCCAUGUGUCCUGAAAUGAACUUCCUGGGCAAUCUAGCUUCAUGGGACUGUUCAGAAUGUCACUGCACACAGGCAGCCACAGCACAUUGCCAAAGGUAAAAAUACAACUCUGUUUAAAUACAGAUAGGGCAGCUCUCUGUUGUAGUGUGAAGAAGGAUUACAAAAUUCCAAUAGCUGCCUAUGUUCUUAAGCAAUUACCAGUAUUAGUCAUUGCAGGCCAUACGCUGCUGUCAGUAAUGAAGGAGACAAACACACAUGCAAAUUGCUGAUGGCCACCAAUUCUGACAUUAAAGAAACACAUACAAAUGGAAGAAUAAGUAUCCUGCGCCAGAUAAAUGAAGAGUUAAUUAUUUUUCUUUUUUUUAAUUGCAAAAGGAGCAAAUGGCUAAGUGAUUUUUAAUUUGUGUGCACUUUUUAUCAACAGCGAACAGCUUGCAGACAACACUCCGUACGAAGUGAGAAGGGCUCAAGAAAUAAACUGCAUAUUUGGUCCAAAAGGUAGCCAUGAAGCUUAUGACCUUAUCUUUGACCUGCACAACACAACAGCUAACAUGGGUGGCACCAUCAUACUGGAAAACUCCAGGGAUGAUUUCACAAUUCAGAUGUGUCGCUAUAUAAAGGUAAAAAGUUCUAAUCCCACAUGAGUUAACUGUGCUGAAUUCAGAGCAUUAUAGAACCAGCACCAAAUUCCCAGAGAUCAUAGGGACAUAGGAAGUUGCCUUAUACUGAGUCAUACCAUUGGCCCAUCUUGCUCAGUAUUGUCUACACUGACUGGCAGUGGCUUUCAUGGGUUUCAGGGAGCCCUAUCUGGAGAUGCUGGGCAUUGAGCCAGGGACUUAGAAUCAUAGACUUGUAGAGUUGGAAAGGACCCCGAGGGUCAACUAGUCCAACCCUCUGCAAGGCAGACACUCAACUACUGAGCUACAGCCCUCCCUCUAAUAUGGCAUAGCGUGAAGAUAGGGGGAGGGAACCUUAAUAUAUUCCAUGCCCUAUAACUUGCAUCUGCUUCCAGCACUGGAAUCACAGCUAUUGUCAGCCAGUCUGUGGCCAGCCAGUCCUUCUGUUUAAUUCCUGAAUUAGCUCUUCUACCUCAUUCUAGGGCCAAGGGCUACAGGUGUAUGUGGCUGAGCAUUGCUAACUGACCAGGAAAAAAAGAAUUCUAAAAAAUAUUUUGUUUUGCUGUACAGUGGUACCUUGGGUUACAUACACUUCUCGUUACAGAUGCUUCAGGUUACAGACUCCGCUAACCCAGAAAUAAUACCUCAGGUUAAGAACUUUGCUUCAGGAUGAGAACAGAAAUUGUACUCUGGCAGCGCGGCAGCAGCAGGAGGCCCCAUUAGCUAAAGUGGUGCUUCAGGUUAAGAACAGUUUCAGGUUAAGAACAGACCUCCGGAACGAAUUAAGCACUUAACCUGAGGUACCACUGUAUACUGCUGACUAAAUUUUGCUGUUAAUUGUUGCUUUUAAUAUUUGGUUGUAAAUAGGGAUGAGUGAAUCUGUCAAUUUCAGUUUCUAAUUUUUUCACUCUUCAGUUCUCCAUAUUUCCAUAUCAGUUUGCAUUUUUAUUAAAGUCUGCAUUGAAAUUCACCAGCAUUUAGUGCACAUUUCUUCUACUUUAACAUGUCAAUGCCAUAAUCUUUUCCUUCACGUGGCACAGCUGGAGGCAGGAAUGCUUCUGAAUACCAGUUGCUGGAAGGAGAGAAGAGUGCUCUUGUGCUCAAAUCCUGCUUGUGGGUUUCCUCUAGUGGGCAUCUGGUUGACCACUGUGAGAACAGAAUGGUGGACUAGAUGGACCACUGGACUGAUCCAGCAGGCUUUUCUUAUGUUCUUAUGUGUGAACUGUGUAGCUCACUCUGGCACCAAAGAGCCAGGUUACUGAGUUCAGCACCAUUUGGAGAUGGCAGGGUAUGUCUCUCUGUGUGGUUUCUCUGUAGCAAAUUCCUCUCCUCUCCCCAACACUCACAAGGGUUCACUUGACAUCAGUAAGACAGAUGAGUGGAACAAGUAACAAUUAGUUUUAAAAAAACACCAUAAAGUCAUUAUGGAUCUGGUUUAAGGUGAUUUGAUGAAGAGCUGAGCUCUGUGUUUUUUUAAAUUCACCACACAUAAGACAUUUAAAUGUUACUUCCCCUGCAGGAGUGGCGGAGGAGAGCACUGCAGGAACAUUUGAGCAGUGUGCUCAAUUGUACUGCUCAUUUGCAUUAAAACAUUGCUUGUUUAAAACAACAGUUUAAUGUGACAUGCAAACUGGGCCAGUAUGUGAAGAAUGUCAUAUAGCUAAGCUACAAAUAUCCUGGUUGUUGUUGUUGUUUUUUCCUGUAAGAAAACCUAAAUCAGAGUUGAAAGGAUGUGGGAUGGGAAAUUGCCCUAAAGGCAGCUUAAUGCUUGGUCCUCUUGAGCACUGCUACAUUAAUUUUCUCUCAUUGAUAAUUUAAUGCUGGAAUCAUGUUCACUUAUAUUAUCACAAAACAGAAUUCAGUGAAGCAUACUUUGUGUGAUCUAAGAGAAAGAUCACCAACAAACACUGCUUUGUACUUUUUCUAAAGAUGGCCUACUUAUUUUAAGACAGCUCAAUAUGAGACAACAGUCGAGGACAAUGCAUAAGCCAACUUUUGCACUAGUGGUCUUCUGUUAACUCAGCAUUAAUGUUUGGACAAGUACAAUAUUUAAACAAAUAUUUUCCACAGGAUGCUUUGGCUCCAGAAGGCUGCCCUGUUUUCCUCAUUGAGCAUCCCAACCUGAAAUAUGCAACGACCCGGUCUAUAGCAAAACAUCCUGUUGGUAAAUAUGAACAUUAUAAGCUUUACCCAGUCCUCAGAGAUGAAAUAUAUGCAAUUGUGUUGCCAGAUAGGCUGGUACCUAAGUUAUGAUUCAUUGAGUCAUACAAGUUAGUUAUUUUCAGCAACACCAAUCUGCUUUUGGCAACCACAUCUGAGGGCCAAACUCAAAGUAUCCACAUCCACACCCUGCAUUAAAGUACUCUUGUCGCACUUUAAAACUUGUGGCUUACCUAAAAUAAUUCCUGGGAGCUGUAGAUUUCUAAGCAUACUGAUUUAAUGUAGCUUCACAAUUCUCAACACCCUGAGCAAACCAAAGUUCCCAAGACCCUGCAUGGCUGUCAAAGUGGUAUAAGAGUGCUUUAAGUGUAGGGUGCAGAGGUGACCAAAUUCUUAGUGCCACACUUCAAGAAAGAUAAAAGACAAUAUUGGGAUGUUUAGAGGAGGGCAAUGGAUAUGGUCAGGGGUAUGCAAAAUAAGCCCUGUGAAGUAGGGUGCAAAGAACUGGGUAUGUUCUGCCUGGAGGAUAGAAUUUGGAUGCUGACCUCUGUCCACCACUCCCAGUGUGGUAACAGCAGUCACAGCCGUGGUUGCUUCUCUCCUGGGGAACAGACCCUGCAUGGAGGUAUGCUUGGCAAGCACCUGGGUCCCUAAACUGUGCAACUGCUUUCCCCAUUUGAACAAAUAAAAAAUGUGUGCAAUGCAUUAAGGAAAAUUUUAAAUAACUGGGAAUGUAUACAGUAAUUGAAACAAAAAAUGUGGGGGGAAAGGGUAUAAUGCCAGUCAGAUAGUGCUAAAGAGGAAGGGGAAGCUGAUAUAUCCUUCACUUUUUAUGCAGGCAUUGAAGUGGGUCCUCAGCCCCAAGGAGUUCUCAGGGCUGACAUUUUGGACAAAAUGCGGAGGAUCAUCAAGCAUGGCCUUGACUUUGUGCAAAUGUUCAAUGCAGGUAUAGCAGUUGUCAGUAUUAAGCAAGCAUCAAGUAGUUUGCUAAUGUGCUGGUAGGAAAUAGCAAUCACAAGAGAUUUUUGCAGUGUCCCUCCUAACAGGAGCGCUUCUGUUCAGGAUGCCAGCCAUGCCUUCUUCCAGCAUAUUCCACUCCAUCCCACUCCCUUUUUUCUUUUCCAAGUAAUACUCAACAUUAUCUGACUAACCUGAAUUGGGCUACUUGGUGAUGUGGCAGUUGACCCUUGCUGUUUUGUAAAAAUAUGCACUGUAGUUCUGCAGUCUUGGUGAAAUGCUUCUCAGUUACACUUUAUUUGGCUCCAAGUCUUUUAACACUGACCACCUGAAUUCACAGUGAUGACUUAACAAGAGAAUCUUCUUAAAGCUGUAAGGUAAAGGUAAAGGAACCCCUGACCACUAGGUCCAGUCGUGACCGACUCUGGGGUUGCGGUGCUCAUCUUGCUUUAUUGGCCGAGGGAGCCGGUGUACAGCUUCUGGGUCAUGUGGCCAAAAUGAAGACUAAAUCUUAAAUCUUAAAGCUGUCUCUUAAAGCUGUACUGAAGACUAAAUCCCACACAUCCUUUGCCAUAUACCUGGGCCUAAAUAAAUAUAUCCACAGUUUUAAGCAGGCUUUUAUUUGUGUACCUACACAGCAUGAAUGCCACAAUACCAUAUAGUACAAAAUAAUAUUUCAUUUGAAAAAUUCAUUCACAGUUACAAUAAUAGCCACUGACAAUAGCUACUAUUGUUAUCUCUGAAGGUAUGAUCUGAUGGCACCUGAGAAAUAUAAUUACUAAACUUCAUAAGAUGCUGACAAAAGGAAGCAUUUUACUAAAUUCUAUCAUCUGCAGAAUAUAUUUUAUGCAUUGUAUAUUGUGAUUAAGGUCCCUGAUUUUCGCUGUUCAGAUAAAAUUUAGAUCUGACUUUCAUGCAUCGCUGCAUAACUGGGUCAUCUUUCAGUAACCCAAUCUUCUGAAGUGAGACGAUCUAUAGAAAAACAUUUUCCUGUGACCAGAUCUAAUUAUGAUAUUAACAAGAUACAGAUAGCUACCAUCUUAAUGACUUCAAACAUUGUCAAUAAAAAGAUUCAUUAGAUUCAGUUUCUUUAAAAAAAAAUUACUAAGAGCUGUUUGACAUAAUACUUGGAGACGUUGCUCUUUUUUUCUCCCUAGGAAAAGAAUUCCCUCGGUGUACAAUUGAAGUUUACAAAAUAAUGGAGAAAGUAGAUUAUCCAAGAAAGAAAAAUAAUGAGAUCAUGGCUGUCAUUCACCCUAACCUGCAGGUAAACACAUGCCAUUUCUCUUCAGAUAUAUAGUCCGCUGCCCUGCCCUUGAACAACAGCAAUGUCGGAAUCUGGUGUACAAAUACCCCUUUGUUAACAGGAAAGUUACUAAAGGACCAUGAUUCAUUCCAUAUGGAAUGAGUGUGUGACUGUCUUGAAUCAGCUCCCAUAUGGCUGAUUCUUGAGUCGCACAUUCAUUUCAUGCACAAAUCUUGCUCACUGGAAACAAGCAUGAGAGCCCAUGGGCCUUGCUAGGGCCUGCUCUGGAUAUAAUCCUCAUUGAAAGACAGCAAGUGCCUUGCAGGCUUUUUCCCUCCACCCCCCCACCCCCUGCAAAUUCCCUUAUCCAUUAGUUUUCCACUGUUAACUAUAGUUUAUGGUUGCCUGCUAGAUGUGAAUAUAUAUCAGGGGUGAGGGAACACUUUUGGCCUGGCAGGUCAGAUCUUUAUCUGAACUUUGACAGAUUGCCAUGGUCACCCCCCUGUCAGAUGACAAUCUGACAUCAUGAUGACAUCAUGACCUGUGGGUAGGAAGAGCAGUCCACUUCACCAGUGCAGUCCCCCCACUGCCCCCCCCCACUGACAAAGCAGAACCAAGCAGAAUUUAACCCCCUGCUCAUCAGCUGAUGAAUGGAGACUUCAAUCCUGCUCAUGAGGAAGAGAUUAGAUGAGUAUGCCAGUUCACUGGCAGGUGUAGCUAACAUAGAAUUAAGCUGGGUGACAUCAGCUGAUGGACAGGUGAGCAUGGUUUGGGGAAGUGGCCAAACAGGAAAUACCCCUUGGCAGGCCAAUAUCAGCCUAUGGGCAAGAGGUUUCUAACUCCAGUAUAAAGGAAGGCUAACAAGAUAGGCAGUAAUUAAAAAUACUGUGUUUUUAUCUUCUUGUUUCCCCCCUGUCCCACAAGGAUCAAGACUGGCAGCCUCUCAACCCUGGUGACCCUAUGUUUUUAACUCUUGAAGGAAAGACAAUCCUAUACGAAGGAGACGUGAUAGUAUAUCCAGCCUUUGUGAAUGAAGCUGCUUAUUAUGAAAAGCAACAAGCUUUUGUAAAAACUGUAAUAGAAAAAUUGAGUGCAGAAGGGAUCAGAGCAUGUGUCUCUUAG